AUGUCUCUGCUGGGGCUGCAGCCGUAUGGUGUCAUGGGAACGGGCUGUGAUGGAAAUCAGGGGCUUAACUGGGACAGACAGAGCAGCGAUAUGACUCAGCAGCCCUGGAUCCAAACAGACGCCGCCACAAAGAGGGACGCUGCCGAUCCGGUUCAGGCCCGGUGCGCCAGUCUGCCUGAGAUGGAUCAGCAGGUUGGUGAAGUAGUGCAGACUGAUGAGGAAUCAGUCAGGACAUCUUCUGAGCUUCAGAUGGCAACACUUAAAGAAAGUCUGUUCAGUACUCUGGAGGAUUUGGUCGAUGGCGACUUUAAAAAGUUCAAGUGGUUCUUAAACAGUGAAAAACCACCCAUCCCAAAAGGUCGACUAGACAAAGCAGACCGGAUGGACACGGUGGAUCUGAUGGUCCAGACCUACUGCACAGAUACUCAAAGAGUCACUGUAAUGGUUCUGGGGAAGAUGAACAAGACUGAUCUGGUGAAGAAAUUUUCAAAAAACAGCCCAGUAUCUGAAGGUCACGUUGACCGGUGUCACCGACAACUGAAGGUAAACCUGAAGCAGAAGUUUCAGUGUGUGUUUGAGGGCAUCGCUAAAGCAGGAAACCCAACCUUCCUGAACCAGAUCUACACAGAGCUCUACAUCACAGAGGGAGGGGCUACAGAGGUCAACCAGGACCAUGAGGUCAGACAGAUUGAAACAGCAUCCAGGAACCCACACAGACCACCAACAACCAUCACAUGUGAAGACAUCUUUAAAAGACCACCUGACAGACAUGAACCAAUCAGAACAGUGCUGACAAAGGGCGUGGCCGGCAUCGGGAAAACAGUGUCCACACAGAAGUUCAGUCUGGACUGGGCUGAAGACAAAGCCAACCAGGACAUCCACUUCAUAUUUCCAUUCACCUUCAGAGAGCUGAAUGUGCUGAAACAGAAGAAGUUCAGCUUGGUGGAACUGGUUCAUCAAUUCUUUCAUGAAAUAAAGGAAGCAGGAAUCUGGAUCUUUGAAGACCUCCAGGUGGUGUUCAUCUUAGACGGUCUGGAUGAGUGUCGACCUCCUCUGGACUUCAACAACACUCAGAUCCUGACUGAUGUUACAGAGUCCACCUCAGUGGAUGUGCUGCUGAUGAACCUCAUCAGAGGGAACCUGCUUCCCUCUGCUCGCCUCUGGAUAACCACACGACCUGCAGCAGCCAGUCAGAUCCCUGCUCAGUGUGUGGACAUGGUGACAGAGGUCAGAGGGUUCACUGACCCACAGAAGGAGGAGUACUUCAGGAAGAGGUUCACAGAUGAAGAACAGACCAACACAAUCAUCUCCCACAUCAAGACGUCACGAAGCGUCCACAUCAUGUGUCAUAUCCCAGUCUUCUGCUGGAUCACUGCUACAGUUCUGGAGGACGUGUUGAAGACCACAGACAGAAGACAACUGCCCAAGACCCUGACUGAGAUGUACAUCCACUUCCUGGUGGUUCAGGCCAAACUGAAGAAUGUCAAGUAUGAUGGAAGAUCUGAGACAGAUCCACACUGGAGUCCAGAGACCAGGAAGAUGAUUGAGUCUCUGGGAAAACUGGCCUUUGAGCAGCUGAAGAAAGGAAACCUGAUCUUCUAUGAAUCCGACCUGACAGAGUGUGGCAUCGAUAUCAGCUCAGCCUCAGUGUACUCAGGAGUGUUCACACAGGUCUUUAUAGAGGAGAGUGGACUGUACCAGGACCAGAGGUUCUGCUUCAUCCAUCUGAGUGUCCAGGAGUUUCUGGCUGCUCUUCAUGUCCAUCAGACCUUCACCAACACUGGAGUCAAUCUACUGUCAGAACAACAAACCACAUCCCAGAGGUCUGGAUCUGCAGAGGCACAGUUCUACCAGACCGCUGUAGACCAGGCCUUACAGAGUCCAAAUGGACACCUGGACCUGUUCCUGCGCUUCCUCCUGGGUCUGUCACUGCCGACCAAUCACAGACUCCUACGAGGUCUGAUGAAACAGACAGGAAGUAGCUCGGAGACCAAGAAGACAGCUGAGUACAUCAAGGAGAAGAUCAAUGACAAUCUGUCUGCAGAAAGAAGCAUCAACCUGUUCCACUGUCUGAAUGAACUAGAGGAUCGAUCUCUGGUGGAUCAGAUCCAACGGUACCUGAGAUCAGGCCGUCUCUCCACAUCUGUUCUGUCUCCUGCUCAGUGGUCAGCUCUGGUCUUCAUCUUACUGUCAUCCGAUAAAGAGCUGGAUGUGUUUGACCUGAACCAAUUCUCUGCUUCAGAAGAUGCUCUUUUAAGGCUGAUGCCACUGGUAAAAGCCUCCAACAAAGCUCUGUUGAGUGUCUCUAACAUGUCAGACAGAAGCUGUGAAGGUCUGUCCUCAGUUCUCAGAUCCCAGUCCUCUAGUCUUAGACAUGUGGACCUCAACCACAAUGACCUGAAGGAUUCAGGACUGAAGAUCCUGUCAGAUGGACUAAAGAGUCCAGACUGUAAACUGGAGACCCUCAGUUUGAGUGGCUGUAACCUGUUAGAGAGAAGCUGUGAAGGUCUGUCCUCAGCUCUAAGAUCCCAGUUCUCUAGUCUCAAUCAUCUGGACCUCAGUAACAACGAUCUGAAGGAUUCAGGACUGAAGAUACUCUCAGAUGGACUAAGGAGUCCACACUGCAUAUUGGAGACUCUCAGAUUAUCAGGAUGUCUGAUCACAGAGGAGGGGUGUUCUUCUCUGGUCUCAGCCCUAAAAUCGAAUCCGUCCCAUCUCAGACUGCUAGACCUGAGCUACAACCAUCCAGGAGACUCAGGACAGGAGCUGUCUGCUCUAGUGGAGGACCCACACUGGACACUGGACACUGUCAGGUUGGAGCCUGGUGGAGUCCGAUGGUUGACACCAGGUCUGAGGAAGUAUUUCUGCGAGCUCACCCUGGAUCCGAACACAGCGAAUACAAAACUCAAACUGUCUAAAAACAACAAGAAGGUGGUACAUGUGGAUGAGGUUCAGUCAUAUCCUGACCAUCAGGACAGAUUUGAGGUCCAUCCUCAGCUGCUGUGUUCAACCGGUCUGACUGGUCGCUGUUACUGGGAGGUGGAGUGGAGUGGAGAGGUCUGCAUAUCAGUGACUUACAGAGGAAUCAGAAGGAAAAGAGGCAGUAGAGAACCUGUGUUUGGAUGGAACGAUCACUCCUGGAGUCUGAUGUACUCUAAUGAUUCUUACUCUGUUUGCUAUAAUAAUAAGUACACACACCUCCCUCGGUCCUCCUCCUCUUCUGGUAGAGUAUCAGUGUAUGUGGACUGUCCUGCUGGAUCUGUGUCCUUCUACAGAGUUUCCUCUGACAAACUGAUCCACCUCCACACCUUCAACACCACAUUCACUGAACCACUGUUUGUUGGGCUUGGACUCUACAGUUCAGGCUCCUCAUUGUGUUUGUGUGAUGUGUAG